UAUGACAGAGAGGGAUGUAAAAGAGAAAGAAAAGAGCAAAAAACAAUGAUGAAAGAACAAAAAAUAUUAUGUCAGAUUCUAGUCGUGUUGAUGUUGUUGUGGUCAUCUCGAAUCCAGGGGGAGAGAUGUAACGAUUCAGGCAUCGAAGUUCUGUUGGGUUGUGGAGAUGCUAUCGACAAGGAGCUGACACCUCCUCCGAAACCAUCCGAAGGUUGUUGCACUCUUGUCCGAAUCAUUGGGAUGAAAUGCGUAUGCGAAGUCAUCAAUAAGGGAAUCGAAGCCACCAUUGAUAUGAAAAAACUCGUCAACGUCGCCGCUACUUGUGGCCGUCCUCUUGCUCCUCGUUCACAAUGCGGAAGCUACCUAGUUCCCGGCACCGUUCCGACCCAUCAUUAAUAAGUUUAUGUGAUUUUCUUUGUCUACUUAAAGUUUAUGGUUUAACCAUGAAAAAAAAAAAGUGUAUCAAAUACACUAGUAAUUUGAGGACC